AUGGAGGUACUACAAGAUUUAGGACGCCAGCUCGUUUUCCCAAUUGACUUUGAGUCUCAAAGUUACACAGAAUCAAUAUCUAACAAGGCACUCUAUUUGAUCACUUUCUUCAGCUUCAUCUCAGGAUAUUUAACAGAAUCGAUCAAAGUCUCAGGAAUAGUAUUUGUUUUGGGGCUAAUAGUGGUACUAGUAAUUGUGUUACCACCGUACUCUGCCUACAACAAACAUAGACCUCAAUGGGCAAACUCAGGACCCACUGUAGUCGAACCUAAAUAG